AUGGCGUGCUUUGGACUCUACUGUGGGAAGACCUUAUUAUUUAAAAAUAGCUCAACUAAAAUAUAUGGAGAGUGUGGGGCGUGUCCAAGAGGACAGAGAACAAAUGAAGAGAAAUACUGUCAGCCUUGCACCGAGUCCCCGGAACUUUAUGACUGGCUUUACCUUGGUUUCAUGGCGCUGCUUCCUUUAGUUUCCCAUUGGCUCUGCAUUGAAUGGGACUCAAAGAAAAGUUGUUCCAGCGGUGCGUUCUUCCAGCAAGUCUCUGCGUUACUUGAAUGCAGUAUGGCAGCCGUGGUCACAUUACUUGUAAGUGAUCCCCCCGGCACCCUUUCCAUCUAUUCCUGCGGGGUGCGAAUGCUUUCAGAUUGGUACACGAUGCUCUACAAUCCAAGUCCAGAUUACAUCACCACCCUGCACUGCACUCAGGAAGCCGUGUACCCACUGUACACCAUCGUGUUCGUGUAUUACGCUUUCUGCUUGGUAUUCAUGAUGCUGCUCCGACCGUUUCUGGUGAAGAAGAUCCAGUGGAGCCUAUAUAUGCCAAACCCAUUUGAAAGCAUUUACACGGCCCUCUACUUCUUCCCGGGUUUGGCUGUGCUGCAGGCCGUUGCAGGAGGCCUCUUGUACUAUGCCUUCCCCUACAUCGUACUGGUGGCAUCUUUGGCUAAUCUGGCUGUGUUCCUGGUUUUUGCUAAAAUUGAGAGCUACAGUGAUCUGAUAAGAAAGGACAGACUUCUUGUCCUGUUCAACCACUGGUUUCUUCAUGCCUUUGGCUUAAUUGCCCUCUCCAGAGAGAACCAACUUGAACAAGAUCUGCUCUUUCUAUUUUUGGUGCCUGUCCCAGCCCUUUUUUACUUCUUCACUACCAAAUUUACCAAACCAUCACGAAUAAUCUCAGAAGGAGCCAAAGGAAACUGA